AUGGAAUCCUUAAUUCUAAACAUCUUAGAAGAAAACUCCAAAUUAAAAAAUUCUGAGCUCGACUAUCAUCUCUCACGGUUUGGCCCAAUUAAUGAAUCAGAAAAAGUAGCAGUCCUGAACACUUUAAUAGGAUCUGGACAAAUUUCUAUCACAGAUGAAGAUGGAGAAGUAGCAUAUCACUACCAAAGUGAAGAGCAAGCCAAAAGUAUCAAAUCUUUACUUCCUGAAGAAAAUCUUAUAUUACAAAUUAUCCGUGAAGCUGGAAAUAAAGGAGUCUGAAACCAAGAAAUAAAAGCUAAAACAGAAAUUCCAAUUGCUCAAAUUAACAAAAUUUUAAAAAACUUAGAAAAGCAAGGGCUGGUAUAUUCUGUUAAGUCCGUGCAGUUCAAAAACAGAACAAUUUGACUUUUGAAAGGAGUUGAGCCUAAUAAAGAUGUAACCGGAGGGUUUUUGUUUAGCGAGCAAGAAUUUGAUAGGAAUAAGCUGGGAUUAUUAAUUUCAUACACAAAAAUGUUCUUGCAGGAUAAACCUGGGAGUUUAAAAGAAAUUUCAGCACAUCUAAAACAAAGAGUAGACAAAGAUCUGACUGAGCAAGAUAUUAAAGAAGUUGUAAAUUCUUUAUUGGCGUUGCAUGAAAUUGAGGAUUCAGGGCUAGGCAAAUACACAACAAUUAAAUGGGCUGUUCCAGAGCCUUUAGUGAUACCAUGUAUCGGAUGCCCUCUACAAAGGCAGUGCCACGAAGAUGGGGUAAUUAAUCCUGCUGAAUGUGAAUAUUUAAGUAAUUGGCUAGACUAUUAA